CAGCACCCCCGGAGCGCCGAGACCGAGGUGGAAAGAGAGAAAAAGCGAAAACUGCCCCAAAACGACCCGCUCCGUUCCUGCCUUCACCUCACCCCUCCAGCUGCGGCCUGUCGCCUUGCCGGGCGCCGGCCCCUCCCCUCAAUAAAGCCCCGCUGCAGCUCCUCCCGCCUCCUCCUGCUCCUUCCCCGCCGGGCCGCCAUGACGGGGCCGCCGCCGCCCGCCAUGCUCCGCCGCUGGGCACGCGAGCAGGCCCGGCUGAAGGGCGGCGUGGUGGAGGAGGACACCGAGGAGUGGCAGAAGGAGCCGAGCUUCGCGGGGCUGGAGAGAGUGGGAGGCGUGGACUUGUCUUACAUCAAAGGCGACGACUCGAGGGCCUGCGCUUCCCUCGUCGUUCUCAGCUACCCGGGGCUCGAGGUGCUGUACGAGGAUUGCCAAAUGGUGGCUGUGAGUGCCCCGUACGUGGCAGGGUUCCUGGCCUUCCGAGAGGUCCCUUUCCUGGUGGAAGCUGUUCAGAGAGUUCAGCAGGAGGAGCCCAGGCUCAAACCUCAGGUGCUUCUUGUAGAUGGGAAUGGCCUUCUCCAUCACAGAGGGUUUGGUGUGGCCUGUCACCUGGGAGUUCUGACCGAUCUACCAUGCAUUGGAGUGGCCAAGAACCUCCUGCAGGUGGAUGGCUUGGCCAGGGAUGAGCUGCACAGAGAGCAGAUUCGUUCCUUGCAGAGGGGAGGAGAUACAUUCCCACUGACAGGCACUUCAGGGAGCGUCCUCGGGAUGGCCCUGCGUAGCUGCAACAGCUCUAAGCCCCUUUAUAUCUCUGUGGGCCACAGGGUGUGCCUGGACACAGCUGUGCGCCUAGUCCAGACCUGCUGCAGGUACCGGAUCCCGGAGCCCAUCCGCCAGGCUGACAUUAGAUCGAGGGAGUAUAUUCGGAAGCAGAUGUGUUCACCAGUGAAGGUCCCGUCUUCUGGGCCAGAGAGAGCACCGUGUCCUAGGCUGGGGAAGGUCACUGGGGAUUUGAUCUGUUUCCGGCGCCCAUGAUAAGCAAAGAACUAACGCCCACAGGAAAGAGAAGGCUGAACUGGAUGAUUAAUCUUAUGCCAGAAGAAAUUGCAAGGCCCCUUCUUCACCGAAUGCAAGACUGUGGUUCUGCAGAGUGCAGCAGCCGAGUGGCAGCCGUGGGCAGAGCAGCACAAGGCUGUGCUGGUCAGGACAAUACCAGCCACUGUGCACUCCUCUGGUAGACAGGCGAACCAGCCUCUGUUAAGGAUGUUGCUCAAUGUUUAGAGCAUAUUUCUCAUGGUCAAUUUUGAAGUGUUGUAAAUACAUGUAAUUUUUUCACUUGUAAUUUUCACUUGUAAUUUUUCUACAACUUACUUGAUUACUCGGGCAGUUGCAGGAGGUGAUUUACAAGAUGUUGGGGCACUUAACAUAGUUACUAUCAAGCUCCAAAGCUGGCCUUUGGCUCCCACCACUCCUCUGGGACAGGGACUUCCCUUCUUGGCAUUUUUGGAACGGCUUCCACCCAGUCCCUGCAGCCUGUUCUCUCACCCUCACUUUGCACGUCUCU